UUUUACGUUCGAACUGCGUGGCGCGAGUGUUGUUUGUGUUAGCUAGCUUGUUGUAGUAACAACAAGUUAAUUUGUAAAAGAGAAUUGAGAUGAAUUAUAAACAUUUAAAUUAUACGCAGUAGCCUUUAGGUGGUCUUCAAAUAUGCCUAUUCGUGCCUACUGCACCAUCUGUUCGGAUUUCUUCGAUCACUCAAGAGAUGUGUCUGCCAUCCACUGUGGGCACACAUUCCACUAUGACUGUCUUCUUCAGUGGUUUCAGACGGCCCCCAACAAGACCUGUCCACAAUGUAGAAAACAGGUUAGUACCAGACAUAUUAUCAAUAAGUUGUUCUUUGACAUUGGUGGUGAAGAGGGAUCCAGUGCUGAUCCAGAGAGUUUGCAGAAUGAGCUUGAUAGAAUGAAAGCAGUUUUAACUACUAAAGAGAGAGACUGGAAGGACAGACUGAAGAUGGUAGAGGGCUUGAAGGACAUUGUGGACAGGCAGAAGAAAGACCUGGACAGUCUGAGGAAGGAGAUUGGAGAGAAAGAGAUGCUCUGCUCAGCUCUUAGGAAACAGAUGAAGUACAUGGAGAACCAGCAGAGUGAGACCCAGGCUGCCAAGGAUGAGGCCCAGAGACUACGGACCAAGUUGAAAACAUAUGAGAGUCUGGAUGUGUUGUUACAGGGUCAGAGGACAGAGGUGGAGUCAAUGAUCACUGACAUGGGUGUGGGCCAUGCUGCCGUGGAGCAGCUCUCCAUCUACUGCAUCUCUCUGAAGAAAGAAUAUGAUAACCUAAAAGGAAGCAUCAGAUCUUCUAACGAAAUGUGUGAAAAACUCAAAAGGGAGGUGUUUGCCUCGAACAACAAGUUACAGAAAGCCACUAUGGAACUAAACAGCACCAAGGAUGACAUGAAAGCUGUCCAAAAAGACCUAACAAAUGCAGACAAAGAGAUCUCUAGUCUGAAGAAGAAAGUGGAGAUUCUUCAAAAGACCUUGAGCACGCCAACACGCACUAACGAAGCAUUAAGCCGGCUUGUCUUUGAGAGCCCUGCCCCAGUGGCGCUGAAACAGCCCUGUCUCCACCAGCCCGCCAACAGUGAGGACAUUGACCUGAACAUGACCUUUGACAUCAGCACCCCUGACCCAGUGGACAGGAGGACGGUCCCAUCUAAGAAGAUGCGCCUGGACCCAGCCGCGGUGUCGUCCUCUCCCACCAAAGACCGCAACAUCGCCAGAUUUGGCAGCAAGACCCGAGAGGAGGAGGCAUCCAUGGAUACCUUAUUCCGUAACUCCAUCCUGUUCAGGAAGAAGAACUUCGGCAGCAUGCUGGACCCCCAGAAAAAUAAGCCAGGAGUUAUCAGAAGUGGUUACGAUGGACUUGGAGGAAGGACUAAAUUCUUCCAACCUUCUCCUUUGUCAGAGAUUCGCCCCCUCAUUAUGAAGGCCAGGAGAAAGAAGGUUUCCCGCCCAGCUCCCACCAAGGUCUCUACCUGCCUCACGCUGGACAGUUUUCUGGAGUGACCUGUCCAUCCCUGACUCAUGCUCUGGGGUCAACCACAUGUCUGACAACCUGCCUGGAGCCACAAGAGAGAACCAACCUGAAUAGGUUUCCCUGUGAAGUACAAUGAGUGUGGCCUACUUCAUUUGGAUGUUUUACUUGACAGUGUCCUUUAAGCUUUGGGUGUGAAUAGGAACGGCUUGUGGAAUGUUUGUUUAGAGACCUUAUUUGACUUCUCAUAAAAUGGUCUGUGUGUGGUCGUUUUCUUGUCGAGACGUUUGGUUUUCGUAAUCAUAGUGUUAACUGUCCGUAAAUGGACAGUUAACUCCUGACUGAAAAGCCUUAUCAGCAUCUGAGAAAGAUCAGCCAUUUUACGAUAUGUACUUUUUAUUUGUGAUUGUAUAAGAUCAUUUAGAUUGUGAAAUAAUAAACUAUAGUUUUUCUUAAAACAGUUGUGGGAUGUGUUGAAAUGUUCUGUUCUCCACAGAUCGUAAUACAGGUUUUCUUCUGAAUUCAUCUCACAAUGGUCCUUUUGGUUACUGACCCAGUACUUUUCUCUUGCACUCGAAGUUUAAAUAAAUGUCCAGCAGGGGGCUGUAUAAACAUGGCAGCCUCACUGAAUGGGAGAAACCUAGCGCUAGAAUGCUGUGUGGUAUAUGUAGUACUAUUU